AUGUAUGCUGCUUCUUCAACAAAGUCCUAUAUGGAGGCGAUGGGGCCCCUAAUAGAGAUAGUAAAGUCCUUACCCGUAUCGAAACGAGAGAAAGUACCUUCUGUUGAUACUGAAACUCCAUCAAAUAUAGCACUAGAUAAGAUGCUAGAGAAUUUUGAAGUAUCUACAGAAAUUUUGGAUACGUUAACCUCAAAACAUGAUAUAUUAGCAGAAGUGAAGAAAGAUUGUAAGCGUGUUAGCCUUGCAAGAGAUGAUAAAGAAGUUGAAAUUUGGGAAUUGAUAAGGAGCAUCUUGACUUCUGUAAACAGCCACGAAGAAUUACAAUCGGAAUUGUUUAACGUAUUAGGGUUUGAAGAAUUUGAUUUAAUAUCAAAGCUUCUACAGAAUAAAGUGGCUAUAUUAGAAGCUUUAAAAUCAGAUGAGCUGCAAGACUUAAAAUUGUUGAACGCCGAAGAAAGAGCUCAGCUAUUAAUAGAUAAUCAAGAAAGAUCCAAGAGGCAGCCAUUGGGCCCAAAACUUUCUCAUCGUAAGUAUCCCCAUGUUUUUAAAAACCCAGAUGUAGGAGGCAUGCUAUCUAUUACAGGAAAGCGAUUUUCAUUGCCAGAAGGUACUCAAAGACGAAGUGAACCAAAUUAUGAGGAGAUAAUUAUACCGAAACCUUCCAUAAAAGCCAAUAAAUGGAUUUCUGAGGAAGAUCUCAUUCUAAUAAAGGAAUUGGAUUUAAUAUGUCGUCGAACUUUCAAUAACUAUAAGACAUUUAAUAAAAUGCAAAGUCUAGUAUAUCCAGUUGCGUAUAAAACUAAUGAAAAUAUGCUUAUAUGUGCUCCAACUGGGGCAGGAAAGACUGACAUUGCUCUAUUAACGAUAUUGCAUACCAUCAACCAAUUUUCAACGCAAAGUGAAAUUGAAACCGGUGACGUGUCCCUAGAUAUAGAUUAUGAUGAGUUUAAAAUUGUGUAUGUUGCACCCUUGAAGGCAUUAGCAGCAGAAAUAGUCGAAAAAUAUAACCGCAAGCUUCUGUGGAUGGGGAUAUCUGUCAGAGAGCUAACAGGUGAUAUGCAAUUGACGAGACUGGAGAUUAUGUCGACUCAAGUAAUCGUUACAACACCAGAAAAAUGGGAUGUUGUAACAAGAAAACUGAGUGGAGACAGCGAUUUGGUGACGAAGGUGAAACUAUUGAUCAUCGAUGAAGUUCAUUUAUUACACGAAGAACGUGGUUCAGUUAUCGAGACCUUAGUGGCUCGUACUUUACGGCAAGUUGAAAGUACCCAGCUGAUGAUCCGAGUAGUUGGCCUUUCAGCUACAUUACCAAAUUUUAUGGAUGUUUCUGAUUUCUUAGGAGUAAACAGAUCAUCUGGUAUGUUUUAUUUCGACCAGUCCUUUAGACCUGUGCCUUUGGAGCAGCAACUAGUUGGAGUGAGAGGAAAAGCCGGGUCGAAGCUAGCACAAAAGAAUAUCGAUGAAGUAACUUAUCAAAAAUUGAUUGAAUAUGUCGAAACGGGACUUCAAGUCAUGGUAUUUGUGAAUUCUCGAAAGGACACUGUGAAAUCUCUGCGUACUUUUAUCUCUAUGGCAAGAGAGAAUAAUGAUUCUAAAUUAUUCGACACGUCUGAGACCUGUGACGUUUAUUCGAAAUAUUCCAGAGAAAUGGCUAGUAAGAACAGAAACAAGGAUAUGAAAGAAUUAUUUCAAUUUGGUUUUGGAACUCAUCAUGCUGGUAUGUCUAGAUCGGAUCGUAAUUUAACUGAAAAAAUGUUCUUAGAUGGUGCUAUAAAAGUCUUAUGCUGCACUGCAACUUUAGCUUGGGGAGUUAAUCUACCUGCAGCAGUUGUUAUUGUCAAAGGAACUCAAGUUUAUGACGCUAAGCAAGGUGGGUUUGUUGACUUGGGAAUAUCAGAUGUCAUCCAAAUUUUUGGUAGAGCUGGAAGACCGCAAUUUGAACAGUCAGGAACAGGUAUCCUUUGCACUACAAGUGAUCGCCUUGAUAAUUACGUUUCAUUGAUUACGCAACAGCAUCCUAUUGAAUCAAAGUUGGGUGAGAAAUUAAUUGAUAAUUUGAACGCUGAAAUAGCUUUAGGUAGCGUAACAAACCUUGAAGAAGGUAUUCAGUGGCUCGGGUAUACUUAUAUGAUUGUUAGAAUGCGCCAAAACCCGCUAGGUUAUGGCAUUGAAUGGAAAAGAUUUCAAGAUGAUCCCAUUUUGUAUGGAAAACGUCGGUCGAUGAUAAUAGCUGCGGCUAGAAAACUUCAUCAGACUCAGAUGAUCAUUUUCGACGAAAACUCUGGAGCCUUUACCUCAAAGGACCUAGGUAGGAUUGCGUCUGAAUUCUAUUUAUUAAAUAAUUCUGUGGAGAUAUUCAAUCAAAUGCUUAACCCUAGAGCCACCGAAGCUGAUGUCCUUUCAAUGAUAAGUAUGAGCAGCGAGUUUGAUGGAAUUAAGUUUAGGCAAGAGGAGGCUGAAGAAUUGAAGAAGCUUUUAGAAACAUCAACUCGUUGUCAAGUGGCUGGUGAUGUCGACUCAACACAAGGAAAAACUAACAUUUUAUUACAAGCAUUCAUUUCCCAAGCUCUGAUAAAGGACUCCGCAUUGGGCGCCGAUUCUAAUUAUGUUGCUCAGAAUGCAGCAAGAAUAUGUCGAGCUUUAUUUUUAAUUGGUAUCAACAGGAAAUGGGGAAUUUUUCUGAGAAUAUUGCUCGGUGUCUGUAAAUCGAUAGAUAAGAGGCUCUGGGUUUUUGAUCAUCCCAUGUCACAAUUUGAAUUACCGGAGCACAUCUUAAAGGUCUUCAAGGAGAAAAAUCCAACAAUUGAAUCUUUAAAGGAUAUGACUUCCCCUGAACUUGGUGACUUUGUACAUAAUCAAAGAAUGGGUAGAACCUUACAAAACCUAGUGUCAAAGUUUCCAUUAUUAGAAAUUGACUCUGAGGUCUUCCCUAUAACCACUAGGAUUUUACGAAUUCACCUUUCCCUUAUUGCAGACUUUAAAUGGGACGAAAAGUAUCACGGAAAUGCUCAGUUUUUCUGGAUAUUGGUGGAAGAGUCAGACCAUUCCAAUAUUUUGCAUUCGGAGAAGUUCAUUUUGAAUAGGAAAAAAAUGAAAGUGCCGCACGAAAUGGAUUUCAUGAUUCCCUUAUCGGACCCUCUUCCUCCUCAGAUAAUUGUGAGUGCGUUAUCUGAUGGCUGGAUAGGAUCUGAGACAGUUCAUUCGAUUUCUUUCCAACAUUUGAUAAGACCAUCCAAUGAAACAGUUCGUACCAACUUAUUGCGUCUCCAGCCUCUACCAGUCACAGCAUUGCACAACCCAGAAAUUGAGUCUAUUUAUUCUGCUAGGUUUCGUUAUUUUAAUCCUAUGCAGACUAUGACUUUCUUCUCUUUGUACAAUACGAAUUCUGGUGUAUUUGUAGGAUCACCAACUGGCUCAGGGAAAACAGUGGUCGCGGAGCUUGCAAUGUGGCAUGCCUUUAAGGAGUUCCCCGGUUCAAAAGUCGUUUACAUUGCUCCUAUGAAAGCCUUGGUACGAGAAAGAGUUGAAGAUUGGAAGAAGCGUAUAUGCAAUAAUACUAAAUUUAAGUUGGUUGAACUUACUGGUGAUUCAACUCCGGAUGCAAAAGAUGUUAAGCAAGCAGACAUAGUCAUUACAACACCGGAAAAGUUUGAUGGUAUAUCUCGUAAUUGGCAGACCAGGAAGUUUGUUCAGGAAGUUUCUUUGGUUAUUAUGGACGAGAUACAUUUAUUAGCUAGUGAUAGAGGACCAAUUUUGGAGAUGAUCGUUAGUCGUAUGAAUUACAUCUCUUCACAAACUAAAAAAGAAAUUAGGUUAUUGGGAAUGUCGACAGCUGUUUCAAACGCAAUUGAUAUGGCAGGAUGGCUUAACGUAAAAGAAGGACUCUUUAACUUUCCUCAGUCAGUUCGGCCUGUACCGCUACAGAUGUAUAUCGAUGGCUUUCCUGAUAAUUUAGCAUUUUGCCCCUUGAUGAAAACUAUGAAUAAACCUUGUUUCAUGGCUAUUAAGCAACACUCGCCUGAGAAACCAGUUUUGAUAUUUGUUGCUUCUCGACGUCAAACUCGUUUGACAGCUUUGGAUUUGAUCCACUUAUGCGGGUUGGAAGCAGAUCCUAGAAGAUAUCUUCAUAUGGAUGAUUUAGAACUACUGGAUGUGUUGAAUAAAGUCAAAGAUGAAACUUUACGACUCUCUUUACAAUUUGGUAUGGGUCUCCAUCAUGCCGGUCUUGUAGAGUCUGAUCGACAGAUAUCUCAUAAAUUAUUUGAAUCAGGAAAGAUUCAAAUUUUAAUUGCAACUUCAACUUUAGCCUGGGGUGUGAACUUACCGGCACAUUUAGUUAUCAUUAAAGGUACCCAGUUUUUUGAUGCAAAAAUAGAAGCUUACAGGGAUAUGGAUUUGACAGAUAUCUUGCAAAUGAUGGGUAGAGCAGGGCGUCCAGCAUUUGACAACAAUGGAAUUGCCAUCGUAUUGACCAAGGAUUCGAAAAAAACAUUUUACAAGCAUUUCUUAAAUGUCGGCUUUCCUGUUGAAUCAUCUUUGCAUAAAGUUUUAGAUGACCACAUUGGAGCAGAGAUAUCCUCUGGGACUAUUACCACUCGUCAAGAGGCAGUAGAUUUCUUAACGUGGACCUUUUUAUAUAGAAGAGUUCACAAUAAUCCUACUUAUUACAAUGUUGAAGAUACAAGUCCUUUAGGAAUCUCAAGAUUCUUAAGUGGUUUGAUUGACACAACGAUCCAAGAAUUAAUCGAUUCAAAGUGUGUUUUGCUUGGAGGGAAAGGAAAGUUAAUAGCAACGCCUUUUCUUAAUAUAGCGUCCUAUUAUUACCUUUCACACAAGACUAUGAGAAACUUAGAACAAAAGCUUGGGUCUAGUUUAUCUUUCCGUGAUUGUUUAAAAUUAUUAUGUGAGGCAAAAGAAUAUGAUGAAUUAGCCACACGCCAUGGUGAAGAACUUAUCAACAUGGAAUUAUCUGAAGCAAUGAGGUAUCAAGCAAGUGAUUUGGAGUGUGAGUUUAUAUGGGAUCCUCAUGUAAAAGCAUACUUGUUGAUCCAGGCAUUCUUCAGCCGAAUCGAACUACCAAUUGCAGAUUAUGCUCAGGAUACUGUGUCUGUCCUUGAUCAAGCCUUACGUAUUCUACAGGCUUAUAUUGAUGCUGGUGCAGAGUUGGGCUACCUCAAUACCGUACUUACAUUUAUUUCACUCAUGCAUUGUCUCAAGCAGCGGUAUUGGUACGAUGACAAUCCCGUGUUUGCUUUACCUAGCUUGAAAUUACUGAAUUCGAAAACUAAUCUUUCAUUAGAAACUAUUGGAAAAAUGAGCGUAGCAGAUCUUAUUCUGUUGAGUAAGAAGUUGGGUGUAUCUUCUGAUAAUGUGAUAGACAAUUCAGUUCAUGAAAGACAAGCAAAUGGUCAAAGUGCAAUCGAUCUCUUUGUGAAAAUUUCAUCUAGGUUGCCUGUCAGCAACUUGAAUAUUAGUCAAAAACUGAGCGAUAGUCUUUUCAUUGAGCUUACUCAUCUUAAUUAUCCGUUGAAUAAAGACUUCAAAAUGUAUUGUCCUCACUUCCCUAAAAGUCAAAGAGAAUCUUGGUUUAUCAUUGUCAGUGACGAACAGAAGCUGGAAUUACUCUUGUUGAAGAGAGCUUCUCCAAGAUUAAUCGGAAAGAAGGGGAAGGUUCAAUGCACCCUAGAAAUUCCCGAAAAUUUGAAAGGACAAGGGGUUUUCAUCCAGUGUAUAAAUGAUGCCAUGGACUUGAAAUACUCUACAUCUUAUCAAUUACAAUGA